AUGAACCUGUUCGCAGACCCGCCUUUAACUGCAUUCGUGAAGGCGCUUCGUUCGCACCAGCACGAGGAGUUGUCUUUUGUGCAAAAGCAGCUUGAGCUGCUUCGAAGCGAGUGCGAGGACCGCGAUCCGGAAAAGAAAGCCUGGGCCUUGCUGAAGCUGACUCACCUGAACCAGCACCUACUAGCAGGCGACCUAUCGUUCACCGCUUUUCCUAUCGUGGAAACAGCCACUCGGUCUGUUCUAUGGCAAAAACAGGUCGGAUUGCUUGCUGCGAGUCUGCUCUUCCAUUCUCAGACUCCGGAGACACUGCUACUCGCGAAUCAAUUGAGAAAAGAUCUUCACAGUGGCAACCGCAACGAACAGGCGCUUGCGCUGACAGGGUUUGCGGGUUUCGCCUCCGCGGACCUCGCUGAGGCUUUGUGGCCCGACGUUGCAGCGCUGUUCACGAGCGCUCGUCCGUACCUGCGUAAGCGAGCAGUGGUCGCCUUCCAUCGCAGCGUUCGUCAGUGCCCAGAGGUGCUGCCAGCGUGCUGGCCUCGCUUUGUCAACCUCCUGCAGGACGCCGACCCUUCCGUGGUCUGCGCAUCAGUCACCGUUGCACUCGAAGAGGUGCAUACGUAUCCAGAACUGUUUAUACAAGUGAUUCCCCGUUUUUAUGAAAUCGCCAGCCAGGGCGGUAGCAAUUGGUUGCUCAUCAAAGUCCUGAUGGUUCUCGACGCUCUGUGUGCACAUGAACCGCGUCUACCAAAGAAACUCGCAUCUUUGGUGACAAGCAUGAUAGAGGCAACCCAGGCCAAGUCGUUGGUGUUCGAAUGUUGCCGAGUCGCAUGUCGUCGCUUGGCCGAUGACGGCCAUUUGCUCUGUGUUGCCAUUGCUCGUCUAAUUGCGUUUGUUGAGGGUACCGAUCAGAACCUUCGAUACUUGGCGCUGAAAGUACUCCGCAAUGUUGUCGAGUACCGGCCAUCGAUCAUUUCGCAGAAACAGUUGCAAGGCGUUCUCAACGAGUUACAGAACAACGACAUCCUGGUGCGGCUUGCAGCGCUAGAAUUGCUUUCGAGCAGAGUGCAUACUGCCGAUGACUUACGAUGCCUGGCUCAGAGCAUGGAGCGGAUGUCGCUGUUAGAGCCCGCACCGGGGCGGGCCCCGAACCGGGACACAUCCGAGGAGCUGCGAUUUCGCUCGAUGUUGUUCAGUGAGCUGUGGCGAUGCAUUCGAAGGGUGUUUCCGGAUGGAUCCACUGAUCUGGCAGAGGCAGAUGCAGCGUGGUUGCUUGUGUCCAUCGUUCGCCCGGCGCUUGUUCGGGCAUCACAACUCGAUGAGAAAAACGUGGAGCGGUUUGCGGUGUUGCUUUGGAAGCUUGUUCAAUUACAUGAAUCGCUACGCGGAUCUGCAGCGGCUGUGUGUCGUCAGGUUCUCGACCGCUGCCUCUCGGAAUCACACGAUUGGAUCCGGUACUACGGCGCUAUUCGAGUUUGUGUUUGGAUACUGGGCACCAGUCUUGAAGGUGUGAACGACUCGUCUCGUGCCGCCAAUGACCUGGAACGACUCACGGGACUGUUCCAGCUUUUCGAAUGCGUACGCACGGGCGACGAGGAAUUGGACAGUUUCGCAGCACUCCAGACGACGGUGCUGCGAACAUUGCGCUUUUGCUGUGAGCAUUUGCAGGCUGACUUUUCCUUGCAAGUCAGAGAGCGCCUCCAAAGAAUCGUUCUAUUGAGUCCAAGCGCCUUUGAGGAGCACUGGCGCCUCCUGGGCAUCCAGCGAGACGUCCAACGCCGAGCGGGAGAGAUCACUCGUCGCAGCGCCCCGCACCCCGGGGCACUCCAAGCGCUUUUGCGUUCGCUGCCCGCUCUCUCGUCACACGAACUAUCCGAGUGUUGGGCUGAUCCGCACGACUUGCCGCCACCGACACCGACACCAGCGAUACGUCGACCACGAAAGCAUUCGGAAUCACAGGGCGCAUCUCGGAGUGGCAACAAUGCCGAGGCGGCGCUCCUGCUGCUCGACACCGUCGACGCCAAUGAUGUCGUACGUGCGCCGCUGACAGCACUGCCGUACAGGUCCGCUGCGCCCGCAAGUGCAACAAAUGAAUCCAGGGGCGAAAGAGACGCGAGCAGCGCGCAUCCUCUGCAAGCGUCAGCGAGUGCGGGAUUCACCACCGCAUCUGAUGUCUGGGCAGCACAUCGUUUCGCGAGUGCCCCCGACGACACCUCAACGGAUGCCACAGGAAUGGAGGCAGCGGGAGCAAGCGCCCGCUCCACCACCGAGCUCGAGCACCUCGCAUUCUACCUCCGUGAUGCACCGAGCGCGCACGCACACGCACGACACGCACACGCACCAGCAGCCUCCGUGCCCUCGAAUCAGCAGGCUGCUGAUGCGCUCUCGAUCGGCGCCAGUCUGCAGGGCAAUGCGUGCACCAGGCAUGAUGCGAUGCAGGGCGCACGCAUCGCAGGUACCAGCGAUGCCCCGGAUGAUGCCCUGUUGAUUGACUUUUGUGCACCGUAUGCAGCAAUCGACGGUGGUGAUGCUCCUGCAGGUGAUGAUGCACCAUCUACGACCGGGGCUGACAACUUGGGACCGGGUCGGUGUGUUGCGACCCCGGAGCAUACCCAAGCAGCAGUGUGA